AUGUCCUUGUUGGUCGACAGUCUCAAAGACCGGAUGCUCUUCGCUAUUCCUAAGAAAGGAAGACUGUUCGAGAAGUGUAUCGAGCUGCUCGCAGGUGCCGAUGUCAAAUUCAACAGGCAACACCGACUAGAUGUAGCGCUCGUCCAGAACCUGCCUAUCGCCCUCGUCUUCCUGCCAGCUGCCGAUAUCCCUCGGUUCGUUGCUUUAGGUAACGUGUCUCUGGGAAUCACCGGCCAAGACAUGAUCGCCGAAUCGGGUCACGAACCCGCCAUCGAGCAGAUCCUUCCUCUCGGAUUCGGCAAGUGUGCCUUGCAAGUCCAAGUCCCCGUAUCGGGUCACAUCCAGUCCGUCGAGGCACUCGCCGGAUCCCGGGUGGCUACCAGCUUCGAGGUGCUGGGUGGACGGUAUUUCAAGGAGAUUGACGAAAAGGUUCAGGCCAGCGCCGAGGGCAAAGGUCGACCGAGUACGACCAUCGAGUAUGUUGGAGGAAGUGUCGAGGCUGCUUGUGCUCUCGGUAUGGCCGAUGGGAUUGUUGAUUUGGUCGAAUCGGGUGACACCAUGCGAGCCGCUGGUUUGCAUGCUAUCGCCACCCUGAUGACCUCCGAAGCCGUCCUCAUCACCCCUUCGCAAGCCCACCCUUCGUUGACCCCGGAACUGGCUCACAUCAUUCCCCUCCUCAAGGCCCGUUUCGCCGGUGUGCUCGCUGCCAAGCGUUACGUCCUCGUCAACUACAACGUCCACGAAGACAACUUGCACGAGGCUACCGUUAUCACCCCCGGUCGACGGGCUGCCACCGUCUCCAAGCUCGAGUCGGGCGAGGGAUGGUUGGCCGUGAGCGCCAUGGUGGAGAGGAAGAAGAUGGCCGAGACGAUGGAUCGGUUGAGCGAGACGGGUGCCGAGGAUAUCCUGAUCCUGGCGCUCGACAACUGUCGUGUCUAG